GCGACGGCGCGCCUGCGGGCGGCUGCGACCCUAGCCGCCGGACGUCCCUCGACCGUGCCUCCGUGCGUGGCUUCAGUUUUCCAUCUGCUUGCUGUAGUUCUGCACGCUCGGUCUACGGGGUGAAUGCGGCGGUCGCAGGGCCAGUGACUGCCUCUACGCGCAGUGAGGGCUGUAAAGAAGAAUGAUGGCUGUGGGCAGCCUGCUUGGCCUGCUGAGGCACACUGCUGUGAAAGCAGCCUCCCCUGUGCCUUGCCACUUGCACACGUCCUCUUGGAGGGCUGACAGCAGCAGAGCCUCAAUCACUCGCCUACGCCGCCAGACCUAUGCGCGCCUCUACCCUGUGCUGUUGGUCAAGCAGGAUGGCUCCACCAUCCAUGUCCGCUAUCCAGAGCCACGACGCAUGCUGGUGAUGCCCUUAGACCUCGAUGCCCUGUCUCCAGAAGAGCGCCGGGCCAGGUUCCGGAAACGUGAGGCUCAGCUCCAGCAGCAGAAGAAGGAAGAACCAGAGAUGAUUGACGAUUUUGACACUGAGCGUUACAAACAGUUUUGGUCCAAGACCAAGAAGUGACUGUCUUGAAGCCCAACCCAGGGACACUUUGUGAAGAUGGAGGGGCAUCUGUCUGUAAACCAUAUGUUCUUGAA